AUAUAAGUGUCCAUCGUAUUUGUUGCGCAACCUGAAGGAGCUUGGAUUCAGAGAACCAACGCCUAUUCAAAGGCAGACUAUUCCAGUACUUUUAGCUGGUCGUGAAUGCUUUGCGUGUGCACCAACUGGUUCUGGGAAAACCCUUGCAUUUGUAUGUCCAAUGCUUAUGAAGCUUAAGGACCCAGAAAAGGGUGGCAUUCGAGCUGUUAUCCUUUGUCAUACCCGUGAAUUAUCUGCUCAAAUAUUUCGAGAGUGCAAAAAACUUGCAAAAAGAAAAAAAUUUGGAAUUAAGUUAAUGACUAAAAAUCUCUUAAGAAAUGCUGAUUUUUCAAAGUUUCCAUGUGAUAUACUAAUAUCCACACCACUGCGAUUGCGGUUGGCUAUCAAGAAGAAGAAGAUUGAUCUCAGCAGAGUGGAGUAUCUUGUCCUGGAUGAAUCGGAUAAGCUGUUUGAACCCGAAUUAUUCAAGCAGAUUGAUUCUGUUCUCAAGGCAUGCUCCAACCCCUCAAUCAUUCGCUCGCUUUUUAGUGCUACUUUACCUGAUUUUGUUGAAGAUCGAGCUCGAGAACUUAUGCAUGAUGCUGUUCGUGUAAUUGUUGGCAGAAAGAAUAUGGCUUCUGAAACGAUAAAGCAAAAAUUGAUUUUUACUGGAAGUGAAGAAGGAAAACUUCUUGCAAUUCGUCAAAGUUUUGCAGAGAGUCUAAAUCCUCCAGUAUUGGUCUUUCUCCAAAGCAAGGAACGAGCCAAGGAGUUGUACGGUGAACUUGAAUUUGACAACAUUAGAGUUGAUGUCAUUCAUUCUGAUUUGUCUGAACAAGAGCGAGGAAAUGCUGUCGACAACUUCAGAGCUGGAAAAACAUGGGUUUUGAUUGCUACUGAUGUGGUUGCCCGGGGCAUGGAUUUCAAAGGAGUGAACUGUGUGAUCAAUUAUGAUUUCCCUGAUUCUGCCUCCGCAUACGUCCACAGAAUUGGUCGUUCUGGCAGAGCAGGAAGGAGUGGAGAAGCUAUUACGUUGUACACAGAGGAAGACAUUCCAUUGUUGCGAAAUGUUGCUAAUCUAAUGGCAGCAUCGGGCUGUGAAGUUCCGCCCUGGCUCAUGGAGUUGCAAAAAAAGAAGUGGAAGAAGCACCGGCCCAAAAGAGAUUCAAUCUCAACAAAACCAGACCUAUAACAACAUAGAAUGAGAACACGAGUUGAACCCAGAAAGUUCCGGUAGUAUUUAUGUCUUAACAGGCCAGGCAGCUUGGUGUUAAGAUUUCUUUUUUACCCAUCCCCAAAAGUUUAAUUAACUCAUAUUACACCCAGUUUGUAUAGAAUGAGUUAAUUUGUUGUACACUUUUUUGUUACAUAGGAGGCCUGUGCAUAAUUUUAUUUCAGGAUCAAAUAGUUUCUAACUUCCUAGAGAAACGUCGCCACUUAACCCACGGCUCUCUGGACAAAUGUAAGCAGAAAAAACAAAUAAUGAAUCAAUUUGUCAUUAGUUAAAUUAGUAUUUCGCUAGUCUCGUUUUAAGGGUAACUAAAAUGGUCUGCUGUCCGAUUUAUGACUGAACUGGUUAGCCAAUCGGUUU